GCAAGGCGACGCCGGAGGCAUGAGAGGGUGGGGCUUGAGACCAAGACCUCUGCUGAUUGGUUCUCUAGAAACUGCGGGAAAGACGCUUCGGUUUCUCGCGUGCGCAGUUAGUGAGAAUGAACCUCCGGUAGGUUGGGCAAGCCGUGGGCGGAGUUUGACGCAUGCGCAAACCUGGAAAACUCAGAUUCCCAUUCUCGGUCCACUGUGGUUUGAAAUCUUGCUGAAUGCUUCAGGUCCUGCCACACCAAGCCAUGUCUUCUGCAAGCGCCUGGGCCUUGCUCCGUCUCCCUGCACCACUGAUCGGGAUAUGCUCUAAGAAGUGGGGGCUCAGGCCUCAGGAGAAGCCAGCACUGCUCUUCCCAGGAAUGGCUGCCAGUGCAGUUCAGGUGGCAGGCAGGAAGGAUUAUCCUGCUCUGCUUCCCCUGAAUGAGAGUGAGCUGGAAGAACAGUUUGUGAAAGGACAUGGCCCAGGGGGCCAGGCCACCAACAAAACCAGCAACUGUGUAGUGCUCAAACAUGUGCCGUCCGGCAUUGUGGUCAAGUGCCACCAAACACGAUCUGUGGAUCAAAACAGAAAGAUAGCUCGGAAAAUCCUCCAGGAGAAGGUGGAUAUUUUCUAUAACGGUGAAAACAGCCCUGUUCACAAAGAGAAGCUCGAGGCUGAGAGGAGAAAGCGAGAGAGGAAGAAAAGAGCAAAGGAGACUCUAGAAAAGAAGAAGCUAUUGAAAGAACUGUGGGAAGCGAGUCAAAACAGCACCGAGAAAAAGGCUGAUGCUGAGGGCAUACCCAGGGACUUCCGGGAAUAAAGGUGACAGUGCCUGGCUCCAGCAUCUAACAUCUAAAGAGAACAUUCUGCAACUUGCAUGUCUCGAAAAACAAAACAAAAAAAUAUCCCCCUUUAUGCUUCUUUGGUUUUGAGACAGAAUCUCAUAAGUCCAUGCUGGCCUUGAAGCUUACUAGGAGUCAAGGAUAAUCUUAAAUUCUUUUUUUUUGUUUGUUUGUUUGUUUUUUGGAUUUGGUUUUUUCGAGACAGGGUUUCUCUGUAUAAGCCCUGGCUGUCCUGGAACUCACUCGGUAGACCAGGCUGGCCUCGAACUCAGAAAUCCACCUGCCUCUGCCUCCCAGAGUGCUGGGAUUACAGGCAUGCGCCGACACCACCCAGCUGAUAAUCUUAAAUUCUUGAUCUUCCUGCUUCCCUCCCAUAUUCUGGGAUUUUACAGGCUUAUGUAAAUGUCUGGUUUUGUUUUUGUUUUUUUGGUUUUGUUUGUUUAUAGUAGUUUUAAAGACUACUAUAACCCAGACUGGCUUCCAAUUUGUAGGGAAUCCUGCCUGAUCAUCCCAAAUGUUAGGAUUCCAUGUACCUCUGACCUAGUAGUACAAUGUUAUUCUAAAAAGGUAGGAAAUAGGGUUGACAGCGUGAUUCGGCGGCCAGAAACACUUCUCAUAAGCCUGACCUGAGCUUUGAUCCUCAUAAGGGUAAAAGGUCAGAACUGUCUCUGCAAAGUUGUCCACUUACAUCACUGUGACCACAUGUGCCCACACUCAUCAAAAAUAAGGAUUUUUAAAACUUUUAAUUUUUAAAAAUUAUUUAAUAUUAAAAUAAGCCCCUUUUAAGGCAAGUUGAGUCAAACAAUAACAUUAUCUUUCAACUCCAGCUGCUGAACUGUCAUAAGGAUCAUUUAUCUUUAGUUUCUGGUAAAGGGAAAAUGACAGUGGAAUGUUACUAAGUUACCCACUGUGUUUACUAGCUUUAACAAAGUCACACAGACAACCUAGUAUCCCCAGGGAAGAGUCUUAAGAAUUUAUCUAGGUUGCCUUGUAGGUGUGCAGUUGGAAUUGUCUUGUUAACUGAAGUAGGAAGACCAGCCCACUGUGUACAGCUUCUUUCCCUGAGCAGGAAUCCUGUGUAGAGCAUCAUUCCCUGAGCAGGAAUCCUGACCAAUGGGAGCACUAGCUAAAAGAACCAGCAACAAAGCUUUUAUCUUCUCUGCUUUUGCCUGUGAAUGUGAUAACGGCUAGCUUCUUGAGCUCCUGCCUUGACUCGCCCAAAAUGAUGAAUUAUUUCGACUUAAAAUUAUGAUUCUUUGUGACUGGGCUCUUUAGCUAAAUAAAUGAACUUUCUUCCCUAA